AUCGAAAGGAAAAAAAGGGGGAGUGCAAGAGCAAUUGAUUUUUUGUGAGGAAAAGUGAUAGUGAGCCCCAAAUUUGUGGAAAAUUUUUGAUUUUCCAGCCGACUGCCUAAGCUAGAGCACGAAUUUUCAAUAAGGUCCGUUUGCGCAACUAGAAGACGCAACAAUGAUUGGUGGUUUGUUCGUUUACAACCACAAGGGCGAGGUACUCAUAUCCCGAGUUUAUCGCGAUGACAUCGGUCGCAACGCCGUGGACGCUUUUCGGGUAAAUGUCAUCCAUGCCCGACAGCAGGUGCGCUCCCCAGUAACGAACAUUGCGAGAACCAGCUUCUUUCACAUCAAGCGUGCCAACAUUUGGCUCGCAGCUGUGACCAAGCAAAAUGUGAAUGCUGCCAUGGUGUUCGAGUUUUUGCUAAAGAUCAUUGAGGUGAUGCAGUCGUACUUUGGCAAGAUCUCCGAGGAGAAUAUCAAGAACAACUUUGUGCUCAUCUAUGAGCUGCUCGACGAGAUCUUGGACUUUGGCUAUCCGCAAAACACCGACUCGGGCACCCUCAAGACAUUCAUCACACAGCAGGGCAUCAAGUCGGCCACCAAGGAGGAGCAAAUGCAAAUCACCUCCCAGGUUACGGGACAAAUCGGAUGGCGACGCGAGGGCAUUAAGUACCGACGCAACGAACUGUUCCUCGAUGUGCUGGAGUAUGUCAAUCUGCUAAUGAGCCCGCAGGGUCAAGUGCUGUCAGCUCACGUGGCUGGCAAGGUGGUCAUGAAGUCCUAUCUGUCAGGCAUGCCCGAAUGCAAGUUUGGCAUCAAUGACAAAAUCGUUAUGGAAUCGAAAGGUCGAGGCCUUUCCGGCAACUCGGAGGCCGAAACCUCGCGCUCCGGCAAACCGGUAGUUGUAAUUGACGAUUGCCAGUUCCAUCAGUGCGUCAAGCUGAGCAAGUUCGAGACGGAGCAUUCCAUAAGCUUUAUACCGCCGGACGGUGAAUUCGAACUCAUGCGCUACCGCACAACAAAAGACAUUUCGUUGCCAUUCCGAGUUAUACCCUUGGUCCGAGAGGUGGGCCGCACCAAGAUGGAGGUGAAAGUGGUGCUCAAAUCGAAUUUCAAGCCCUCGCUGCUUGGCCAGAAGAUCGAGGUGAAGAUACCCACUCCGCUCAACACCUCGGGCGUGCAAUUGAUUUGCCUCAAGGGCAAGGCCAAGUACAAGGCAUCGGAGAACGCAAUCGUCUGGAAAAUCAAGCGAAUGGCAGGCAUGAAGGAGACGCAGCUCUCGGCCGAAAUCGAACUACUCGAAACGGAUACCAAAAAGAAAUGGACUCGCCCACCCAUAUCCAUGAACUUUGAGGUCCCAUUUGCGCCAUCGGGCUUCAAGGUGCGCUACCUAAAAGUCUUCGAGCCGAAGAUCAACUACUCCGAUCACGACGUGGUCAAAUGGGUGCGCUACAUUGGCCGCAGCGGCCUCUACGAAACCCGUUGCUAAACGUGUUCCACGAUGUUUUGAAUCGAAGGAGCAUAAGGAGUAAACACAAAUAAGAGAAUUGAACGUUAGAGCCAAUAUAUAUUGUUAUUGGAAUUUAACUCAAUCCAAAUUGAACAAAUGUUGUCUCGUAUUCCAAAUUUAGUUCUUCAACAAUGGGCGAAUAGUUAGCCCACAACAAUCCUAUAUAUACAAAGAUACCAAGCAUAUAUAGUAGCGCAACGGACACACAUACAUAUAUUAUACAUACCAUUAUAUAUAUAAAAUAUAUAUAUAUUAUAUUAUUAUUAUUAUUAUUUACACAUCAUUAUAAUUAUAAUCCUAUCGUUUACAACACGCCCUGGCGCGCGUCUCAAAUCUCACUCUCAUAUUUUUUUUUUUGCUGCUCCCAACUAUGAUUUGUAUUAUUAUAUUAAAAAGUUUCUCUUUUUUAUGAACAUUUAAUGUAGACCAAAACCUGUCAGUCAACGGUAAUUGAUAUUAAUAUUCAAAGUGUUAAUACUAUUCGAAUUGUUUAAUAAAUAAAUAGCAUACAUAUACAAUCAAAAUAAUGAAUAACUAGCCGCCUCUACUAUGACUAAUUUCAAAUAUAUAGCUCGCCUCUUCGGACACAUAAUAAAUGUUUAGAUAUGUG